UCAAAAUCUACACAAAAUUGAUGGGUUUCUACAUUAAAUAUAUGUCAAAUGUGUGUUAUAGGUGAUUCACUUAAUUAACGAAAAAAUCAUUGAAACCGGUUUAAAGAAGAUUUCCUAAUCCCUGUCAAGAGACCUAAAUUAGUAAUAAAUCAUAUUGAUGUUAUUACUGACUUUCGACAUGUCUGAUCAUGCACAUCGCAGUUAUCUUAGACAUAUCCUUUAUUUAGUCUGCUUUGAUAAUCAGAUCCAGGUUUAUAGGUUACAAAAUUUUCAUUGAGGUAAACUGAUUGCACUGGAACAAUAUUCUUAUCUAUACAAAUUAUAUGAUCAAACUUAAAAGACGCAUAAUUACGCCAUUAUCAUGAAGUUAAUCAUUUCUUUUCUCUUCGUUUUUAAUGUGGAUGUUUUUGCAUUGAAUACCACACGUUCUUGCGACGAAGAUCCGUCAAGCAACAUAUGCCUUUUGCACGAAUUGAAAACUUUAAAACAGGAAUUAAAGACAUCACAACUAGAAGUUGAGUCCCUGAAGAAGGCAGUUGGGGGCCUCCAAGCACAAGAUACUAACUGUCCGACUGUUGCAUUUAGAACCCAACUAACCCAUGAUGUAGCAAGUCCAUCUGCUGGUUUUCAUUUUGUAUUUGACGAUAUUAAACUUAAUAUUGGUAACAACUACAAUAACCAUCAUGGUACCUUUGUGGCACCUGUUUCAGGCAUAUAUUUUCUAAGUUACCGAUUUACUAUUACUCCAGGAACUAGUAAAUCGUUAAUUCGGCUUGUCAUGAAGAUAAAUGGGGAGAUAGUUUCUCAUGCCAUGAGUGCGUAUGAAUCUCACUACAUCACGGCUUCGUACACGAAUAUUAAUCAUCUUAAUGCCGGAGAUGAUGUAUGGUUAGAAGUGCUAGAAAACAAUUAUUCUUUUGCGAUCAUUGGAAAUAUAGCAAACCUUGGACCUUAUUCCGUAUUUGAAGGAUUUCUUAUCACAUGUUGAAACACCAUAUGCAUUUCAUAAGAAAUAUUAAACAUAUUUUAUAAACUGUGCGCCUCUCCUUGUCAUUCUCUUCUUAUUUUCUACGAGGCAGAGAAAUAUAUUGAUACUAUCAAUCGACAAUCCAAACUUUUAAGAUUGGGUUCCAUAUAUAU